AUAAAAGUAAGGAAAUUAGUUUCCACUGCAUGUAUACUUUGUAUUAUGCACGAAUUUAGUACAUCAGGGAACAUUUGGCAUUAUAACAAUACUGCGGUUACUAUGAGUUUUCGAACACAGAUUCUGCGGUUCUAGGUCCAUUUAUAGGGAAAAAGUUGGAAGCCGUUCCUAGACUAACAUCGGAAGCAAGUUUGCACUAAUGAUGGAAGAUGAAAAGCAUAUGCAGGUGGUUGCAGUAGCAGCAUCCGAGAAGCCCGCACCAGCCAUGCCCCACGCAACAACAGUAGCGGAAUUCGGAGUCGUGGACGCGCCGGUGUGCUCAGCCCCCUACGGCUCCGCUGCAUCCCAUCUGUCUGCUUGUUGUCAUGGAGGAGCCAAGAUGGCGUUCCUGGCCUAUAGCCUAGGCAAACGGGAAAUAAAUCAGUAUUUUAGCAUUAAAAAUGCUAAAUUAUUAUCCGUCGCUGCCGUCAUUCUACUCACCCUGUUUCACACCGUUUCUCGGUAUUAUGGAGGCGGAGACACGUGUGAGUGGCUGCUGUCCAGUGGGCGGUACCUAGGAGAGACCGUAUGGCAGCCCUAUGGCUGUAUGAUGCACAAAUACAAAAAUACGGAAGCAAAGACUUGCCUUGCUGAGAAAAGGGUGGCCUUCGUUGGUGAUUCUAGAAUACAGCAGCUAUUCUAUUCAUACAUCCAAAUAAUCAACCCUGCACAAAGAGCAGAUGGAAGGAAGCACGAGAACAUUCUCUUUGAAGACAGGAGCGCUUCAGUCAAUGUGGACUUCCUGUGGUAUGCAGAAGUGAAUAACUCUCUGAAGGAGCGCUUGAUAUCAUGGAGAAAGGAUCCUUCUAUAAAACCAGAUGUUGUCAUCAUCGGAGCUGCCACUUGGUCCAUCAAGUUGCAUGGGGGCAGCAGCGAGGCGCUGCAGCAGUACAGGGCUAACCUCACAGCCAUCUCCUUGCCUCUGGAACAGCUGGCUGAGGAUGGGGAGGUCUACUGGGUCUUACAGGACCCUGUCCAUGAGGAGGGUCUGAGUGACAACAGGAAGAUGAUCACUAACGAGCAGCUGGAGCUAUACAACAAGGUGGUGCUCAGCACUCUGAACAGCAACAAGAAGAACUCCAAGGCCAGAGUCAGGUUCCUAGGCGCCUCACGCCAGGCUGCCAUGGAAACAAUCACCCAAUCAGCUGACGGCCUACACCUUCCCGAGAGCACCCGGAACGUGGCUGCCAUGGUGCUGAUGAACGCUGUGUGUAACAAGGUCCUGCGGCCCAUCGACGGCUCCUGCUGCCAGGCCCUGCCGGCCCCCAGCCUCCUCCAGAAACUGACGGCCUGUGUCUUCCUGGGCUCAGCCCUGGUCUUCCUGGUGCUCCAUGCUCUGGGCCACAACAGGAGCUGGAAGUCCCGGCCCACGCCCCCCGACGUGGAGAGCGGCGAAGAGAAAAAGCCAGCCACGGCAGCAUCUCCGCUCAACCACAAGGCUCCGUUCCAGGCCCUGUGUAAGAUGGGCCUCAUCAUGGUUUACUUUUACCUAUGUGACCGGGCCAACGUCUUCAUGAAGGAGCAGAAGUUCUACACCCACUCCACCUUCUUCAUCCCCCUCAUCUAUAUGUUUGUCCUGGGGAUCUUCUACAGUGAGAACAGCAAGGAGACCAAGCUGCUGAACAGAGAGCAGACUGACGAGUGGAAGGGCUGGAUGCAGCUGGUCAUCCUCAUCUACCACAUAUCUGGAGCCAGCGUUUUCAUCCCCGUGUACAUGCAUGUCCGUGUCCUGGUGGCAGCCUACCUCUUCCAGACAGGAUACGGACACUUCUCCUUCUUCUGGCUCAAAGGGGACUUUGGAUUAUACAGAGUGUGCCAGGUCCUGUUCCGUCUCAACUUCCUGGUGGUGGUGCUGUGUCUAGUGAUGGACCGGCCGUACCAGUUCUACUACUUUGUGCCCCUGGUCACCUUCUGGUUCGUCGUCAUCUACGCCACCAUGGCCAUGUGGCCCCAGAUACUGCAGAAGAAAGCCAACGGUAGUGGGAUGUGGCACGUUGGGAUUCUAGUGAAGCUGCUUGGGCUACUCUUGUUCAUCUGCUUCUUUGCUUAUUCACAGGGGUUAUUUGAGAACAUUUUCUCAGUAUGGCCCAUCUCCAAGCUCUUUGAGCUGAAUGGAAGCAUUCAUGAGUGGUGGUUUAGGUGGAAGCUGGAUCGAUUUGCCAUUAUCCAUGGCAUGCUGUUUGCCUUUGUCUACCUGGUACUACAGAAGUGCCAGGGCCUCUCCGAGGAGAAAGGAGAGCCUCUCUUCUCCACCAGGAUCUCCAACAUUCUACUCCUCAUCUCUGUGUUCUCAUUCAUGACCUACUCCAUAUGGGCCAGCAGCUGUAAAAACAAGACCGAGUGCAACGAGCUGCAUCCCUACAUCUCAGGACUCCAGAUCCUAGCCUUCAUCUUAAUCAGGAACAUUCCCGGUUACUCCCGCUCUUUAUACAGCUCAUUCUUCGCAUGGUUCGGGAAGAUCUCCUUAGAGCUGUUCAUCUGCCAGUACCACAUCUGGCUGGCGGCGGACACCAAGGGCAUCCUGGUGCUGAUCCCAGGCAACCCCUCGCUCAACAUCAUCAUCAGCACCUUCAUCUUUGUGUGCGUGGCCCACGAGAUCUCUGUGAUCACCAACGACCUGGCCCAGGUGGCCAUCCCCAAGGACGGGGGCGCCCUGCUCAGGAGGUUGCUUGCCGCCGGGGUCUUCACCCUGGGCCUACUGCUGGUGUCCAGGAGCGUUGAAGGGAACCAAGGAGGAGGCCACUGAGGAGGGGGGCAGGUACCACAGUGGGGGAGAGGUAGACUGAUUUCUAGACUGACUGACUGACUUGUUAGUCUUCCAUGCCCCCAGGGUCGUAUUCAUUUGGCACCAAGCGGAAUAAAAGGGUCUGAAAGAUUGAGGGACGUCCUGUUUCAUUCCAUACGUCAUGCCUCAAUAAAUACGACGGGGGUGAACAGACAGGUCAAGUUGAGGACAAGGAAAUAUCUCUGCUGUCUGUCUUUUGACUGCUCUGAGUACUGGGGUGAAAGUGAUACACUGAAGAGGAUGAAGUCCCAACGUGGGCCCACACCCCACGGAGCAGCAUGGAAUAAGGUUCUGACUCCUUUACUAUAGACGUUUACAAUAGAAGAAAAGUGAGGCGGGGGUCAGGGGUGGUGGUGGGUUCUGUUGGGGAAUAAUCAGAAUUAGUUGGUAACAUAGGGAAGAUGUUUUAUAUUCAUCGUAUGUUUGUAAGUUACUUCUCAUCAGAAUGUGUUUGUAUAAUACUGUGGCGGGGUUGCAGUAUCUGUUCUCUGUCAAGACUAAGUUGUUUGGGCCAGAGAGAGGGGAGAGGUCAAGCGUGUAUCUCUUGGCUCCACAAUGUCUGUGUGCCAGUCAGUGUGUCUCUGUGAUCUUGUCAAGAUAGGAUGGAUUUGAUAUAUGCCUGUUGAUAUGGAGGAUUGGUUUAUGGUUCUGAGUUUGAGAAAGGAGACAAAGCUGAACGAUGAAUUAUGCCGAUGCUGUCUUAUCCUGUGUGUGUCUUUGCUAUAAAGGAACUAAGUUGAAAUGUGGAAGGGACUCUCAGAGAAUUCAUUGAUAGACACUGAAUUGAUCUGAGAGUCACAGGGUUGUGAUAGAGCUCAUAUGGACUUUGUGAUAACUAACUCUGACGUAUGUGUGUGGUUUGCUCUCAUGAUUUGGUAAAUAGAGGAAAUUUCCACGACAGUUUGAAGAUGUGCGGAUUUUAAACUAGCUUAAAGGUCCUCAUGCCUGCUGUGUGGUCCGUGCAGCAUUUUCCCCACCCGUAGCCAAACCAUUCCCCUGUUCUCUCUCUCUCUCGCUCCAUUCCUCUAGGUUAAUCACACUCACAGCUGUUGGUCUAAAGCAGCUCAAUCUGGGAUGGACUUUUCACUAAAAGCAGAGCGAGCGCGCUCUCUCCCGCUCUCUCUCGCGCUCUUUCUCUCUGAUGGUGGUAACAGUGAAGAGUGGGUAGACAAACAACGGAUUUGUAGUGCUUCCCAAAUGGCACCCUAUUCCCUAUGUAGUGCAAUACUAGUGUGGCAUUUAGGAUGGAAAGAAACUUGUGCUGAGAGGUCAUGGUCACCUAGCUCUGUUUUAUUUACAGUAUUAAAUUAUUUAAAUGAAGCUGAUAUUUUACAGGGUUUUAGUUUUUCAUUUUAAUAUUCAGACUAUUAUGACUACAUUUUGUGAAUGAAGUAUUGCAUGGGUAUUUUUAGUUUUUAUCACCACCUGAAAGACUAGCCAGGCCAGACAGAAGAUGCACUUAUGAAUUUCUAUUGCAGAAUGUUGUUGCAUUCUGGGUCUGACACAACCACUUGUCUGUGUGUAGUUUGUUGUUUCACCAACUUAUCCUGGUAUGUUGUAAGGAGAGGUGUAGGAUGUUCUUUCUGUGUUGCUCGUUAGUCCUUCUCUUAAACCAGGCUUCUCAGAGCUACAAUAGAACAGGCACUGCUUUGUACAUACAGAUAACUGACCAAAUAAAGGAAACACUUGAGUUAGUGAGGGACAGCGUUUCCCAU